AUGUUGUCGGUACCGAUAACGGCAAACAAAUCCUUCUUAAUCAAGUUAAUAUCAUCUUUGCUUACCAAAGCCAAGACCGCUAUGGAAACAUCUUCGUUGAUGAUUUUCUGUAGAAGCAACUUGUACUUAUUGACAUUGUACUGCCGGAUCUUAACAGAUACAUCACCAAUGUAUUUGAACAUAUCCGUAAGUAGCAUCAUCGGAUCAUCAUUUACAAAGCAACGCACCUCCUCGGUUAGGCUAUCAGCUACUGAUACAGACACCGGAAUGUGUUCGUUCGUGAAGACAGUAUUCUCCCCGUGUUGA